AUGCACACCGAAGAACGAGAAAAAGAGCUUUGGAAAGAAGCUGAAAGCUUACGGAGGAUCGCUUUUUUCGGGAUCUGUAUAAGUACUGUUGCUACCAUAACAUGCAUCGUUGCAAUUCCAGCGCUUUAUAACUAUAUGCAACACAUCCAAUCUACCUUGCAAACAGAGGUUGAAUUUUGCAAGCACAGAACUGUCGGGUUAUUCGUGCAGUAUGAGAAAAUGCAAAGAACCAUUGGAGUGAGAGGCAGAGAGAUAAAGAAAAGGCAAGCAGGUUACGAUUUUGGUUCCGGUGAUACUGCGAACGUUGACAAGAGCGCACCUAGUUCGGAUGAUAAUAAUAUGUGCUGUUCUUGCAAGAGUGGCUCCGCUGGUGCCCCAGGUCUUCCUGGUCCCGAUGGAGAGGAUGGGCAUGACGGAGAGCCAGGAACAAAUGGAGAUGAUGGAGAUGAUGCAGUAGAGAGCGAAUACACACUGAAGGAGUCUGACUAUUGCUUCGAUUGUCCUCCUGGACCACAAGGACCACCAGGAAAUCCAGGACCCAAGGGAGUGCCAGGAAGACCUGGUGACCAUGGCGCUCCAGGAGAACCAGGUCUCCCUGGACUUCCCGGAGAACCAGGUCCAGAAGGACCAAGAGGACAGAAUGGAGAACCAGGAGAGCCAGGAGAACAAGGAACACCAGGAACUUGCGAGAUAUCUGAUAUUCCUUCAGGCCCACCUGGACCUCCUGGUCCAGCAGGCCCGCCCGGAAUUGAUGGUCCCCCAGGAACAUCAGGACAACCAGGAAUGGACGGUCCAAUGGGACCUCCAGGAGAUCCGGGAUUAGAUGGAGAACCAGGAAAACAAGGAGACGCGGGCGAAACAGGACCAUUAGGAAGACCAGGAGAAGGUGGUGGAUGUGAACACUGCCCACCACCAAGAACAGCCCCAGGCUAUUAA